AAGGAAGCGGAAUCGGAGCCCUGGGGGAUCCUGCAUGCUGCAGAAUAACAGCCACAUUUCGCUCCAGAUUGUCCCAUUCUCCUGAGGGGCCGGGUAGAGGAAUGGCUGCAGUGAAGCCGAUUCAGGAUUUCUCCUUCUCAAAUCUGACAGGAUCGUCUGGUUCGAAAGAGGGGAAGAACUGUGGGUCCCAGAUCUCCAGGGCUCUGCAGAGAGGGAGAUGUCGAGAGGUACCUGCACAGGUGAUGGGAUGGUGAGUGAGAACCAGGAGAGAAAUCCUCUGCAGGAUGGUCCUGAGCAAGCAGAACCCCAUGGGAUGUUAUCAGGAAGAGCUGAAGGGCUUGUCUCCCAGGACCCCGAGCGGGGAGAAGGCUGUGGGAUUCAGCACAGGCCAAAGAGGCAGCAGGGAAAUCCUCCAUCGGAGAAAGGUGGCAAAUCCAACAAUGGUGUGGGAGCUUGCAAGGGCCUCAAGGAAACCCCGGCCCAGCCGAGAAACUCCAAGGGGGAGAGAAGACACACGUGCACGGAGUGCGGGAAGAGCUUCAAACGGAGCUCCAACCUUAUCACCCAUUGGCGGAUCCACACCGGGGAGAGGCCCUACAAGUGCUUCGACUGCGGGGAAAGCUUCAAUGUGAGCUCCAACCUCAUCGCACACCGGAGACUCCACACGGGGGAGAAACCUUAUACGUGCCCCGACUGUGGGAAAAACUUCAUCGUGAGCUCACAGCUCACUAUACACCAGAGGAUCCACACGGGAGAGCGACCCUAUCAGUGUCCCGAGUGCGGGAAAAGCUACAUCCAGAGCUCAGCCUUGGUUAAGCAUCGGAGAACCCACAUGGCAGAAAAACCCUACAAGUGCCCCGAAUGCGCAAAAAGCUUCACUGUGAGCACCGCCCUCAUUAGGCACCAGAGACUGCACACGGGCGAGCGAUCCUAUACGUGUCCCGAGUGCGGAAAAAGCUUCGGUGUAAACUCGGACCUUAUCCGACACCAGAGACUGCACACAGGAGAGAGGCCUUAUAAAUGCCUGGACUGUGGGAGAAGCUACACACAAAGCUCAGCUCUGAUCAGGCAUCAGAGAAUCCAUACAGGAGAAAAGCCUUAUAAAUGCCCCAGCUGCGACAAGAGCUUCAGCCAAAGAUCAAAUCUGAUUAAACACCAGAGAAUCCACACGGGAGAAAAGCCGUAUAGAUGCGGCGAAUGUGGAAAAUGUUUUAGCACCAGCUCAAAUCUUGUAACGCAUCAGAGACUCCACACUAGAGUCUAUUAGAACAGACCAAAGGAGAUAACUUACAUUUGUCAGUUGCCAUCUUGGGUGUUAUGUGUGUUGAUCUCGUGUUUAACCAGGCAAGACCGACCCAAAUCAUCUGGCCCAUGGGGAUUCUGCCUAACUCUGGAGCCCCAUGCCAGCCUCUACAAUUCUGGGUACUGCCUAUAUACCCUGGACUCAAUGCCACCCUGUGAAAACUCAGAGCUUCGCCGCCUGCCAGGG